AAAAUCCAACUCUCAUGAACGAUCCUUUAUUACCUAUCAAUUCCCAACCAAAGCGAACCAAGAAGCUUCUUCCUAAAGUGCUUGCAGUCGCUGCCAUAGUGGUGCUUUUCCAAUUGUCUGACGGCUUGUGCCCUAUCAGUGAUAAGAUUGACCCAGCUCCCUACGUUUAUGAUGUAUCAAAAAUUGGCCAGAUUUUGAAAGAUAAGGAGUAUAUCGAUGAGGUAGUGGAAAGGUGGUCUGGGGCCAUUCAAAUUCCUUCAGUUUCCAACGAUGUGAUGGUUAACCCCAACACCACUGAUGAUUUAGAGGAAUUAUACCGGUUAGAACCCGCUUGGAAGCAAUUCACAAAAUUGCACGAAUACCUCGAGAAACAGUAUCCUUUGAUCCACAAACAUUUGAAGGUUGAGAAGGUCAACAAGUUCUCCAUAUUGAUCACCUGGCAAGGUUCUAAUACCAAGCAGAAACCCAUCUUGUUAACUGCUCACCAAGAUGUUGUUCCAGUUCCUGAUGAGACUCUUGAUCAAUGGAAGUAUCCACCAUUUUCAGGGGCUGUUGAUGGUGACAGAAUCUAUGGAAGAGGAUCAGGAGACUGCAAGGACUUGCUUAUGGCGUUGUUUGAAACGGCCGAGUUGUUAUUGAAGGAAGGUAAGUUUCAACCUCAAAGAACCAUUUUAUUUGGAUUUGGCUACGAUGAAGAAAGUCAAGGUACUGGUGCCGUUGAGUUGAGCAAGUUCAUAUUUGAGCGGUACGGGCCAGAGUCUUUAUAUGCUUUGAUUGACGAAGGUGACCAGGGGUAUGUUCAGCAGUUUGGUAGGUAUGUUAUACCAAUUCCAACCGGAGAGAAGGGCCAUUUGAAUUCUGAAAUCGAGUUGUUUACUCCUGGUGGUCACUCGUCGGUACCACCAAAGCACACUAGUAUUGGUAUCAUGGCCAAGUUGAUUGACCGGAUUGAAAGUGUCGAUUUCUCGCCUGCCAUAACCAAUGCAAACCCUUUAAUGAACGCAUUACAGUGUAUGGCAGAGCAUGGACAAAUUGAAAAGUCUUUAAAAAGCGAUAUUAUAAAGGCUGUUUUUGAUGCCAAUGCCAACAAGAAGUUGGUGGAAUACUUAUCAAAAGACCCAUCUACCGAGUUUCUUAUCAAGACCAGCCAGGCAGUAGACAUAAUCCAAGGUGGAGUCAAAUCCAAUGCUUUACCAGAAUAUGUGUCUGUGGUGGUCAACCAUAGAAUCUCUGCAGAAGAAUCUGUCGAGUCCACUAGCAAGAAGAUUCUUGAUGAUAUCAAGUCAAUUGCCACCAAGUUCGACUUGGGAAUUGUAUUUGAAAACAAAACCAUUGUGGAAAAGACUAAAAAUGGCUACUUCAACUACGUCUUGAACGAACUGUUGGAGCCAUCUCCAAUUUCACCCAUUGACACUGCUGCUUGGAAUACCUUCACCGGUGCCUUACGAUACUUGUAUGAAGAUGUGAUGAACCCAGGACUCAAUGAGACAUUUGUGGCGAUUCCUGCUUACGCUGCUGGAAACACUGACACCAAGGCUUACUGGGACUUGACUGCAAAUAUUUACAGAUAUCUGCCAUAUAUUGGAAUUGUUGAAGGCGAAGACGAAGUUGCACGAGGAAUACACUCCCUCAAUGAGUGGUCUUCCAUCUCUGGGCAUAUGGCCACCAUUAGUUUCUAUUAUUACUACUUACAGAUCGUGGAUCAGAUUGCUGAUGAUACAUUAAUUUCUCAAUAGAAUAUACUACUUUCUUAUCCGAAAGUAGCGUUGUUUCAAUAUUAAAGAUGAGUGCAUUAGGGGUAAAUUAAUUACCCUAUUCAUGUGGUUAGACUGUUUUACAAACUGUCAAGUUAGGGGCUAAUCAUCUGAUGAUAACGAACCUAUGACAGUACCUAUUAAAUAGUCUAUAUCGUAUGUGAAAGUUUAGGUUAAUCAAUAAUGUUGCCAUUUGA